AUGCUUUUCCUUCUCUUUAGUCUGUUUCUUCCUGCUAUUGCGGAUUCAACAACCAAUGUCAGUAAUGCCUGCUAUGGUUCUAAUGUGAUCUCGGCACCUUCAGCGGAUCAUCGCCCUGUGCCAUGGGGUACUCCGAGUGUCCAUUUUUCAUUAAAUGGCACAACUAUGUGCUGUGAUUCUUUAGACGAGAUCCGCACCGCGCUCGAUGAUAUUGAUGAUGAAAUACUCGAUCUCCUAAAUCGGCGAGCAGCGUAUGUCCGUGAGGCCACUAGGUUCAAAUCCACACGCGCUUCUGUGAAUGUUCCCUCGCGCAAUGAGGCCGUCCUCAAGCAGGCAGAGCAGCAGGCGGUGGAUAUUGGGGUGCCAGUAACCAUUGCCCGGGCGGCUAUGGGGGCCAUUCUGAACUCCAGCGUGCCUUUUGAAGAGUGCAUUUUUGAUGCCUAUAAUCAGAGUUAA